AUAAUGAAACACAUGCACCGAAUGGACAAUCACAUAACAAUCCAAACCAGGCAAAUUGGUAUUUAUAAGAAACAGUUAGAAGAAUAUCACACCCUAACAACCGAUUUGAAGCAAUCAGUCUGUGAACUUAAACGCCAGCAAAAGGUGAGGCAGGGGGUGGAGAUAGUAGCUGGCGUUGAGCAGCAGAGAGAUGAGAACUUCUCUGAGACGACACCUGGGGAUCAGAGCGAUGAGACCUUCUUUGGCGCUACAGUUGAGAUUCAGAGCACUGAGACCUUCUUUUACGCUACAUCUGAGGAUCAGAGCGAGGAGAGCUUCUAUGACACUGCAUCUGAGGAUCAGAGCAAGGAGAGCUUCUAUGACACUGCACCUGAGAAUCAGAGCGAGGAGAGCUUCUAUGACACUGCAUCUGAGGAUCAGAGCAAGGAGACCUUCUAUGACACUGCAUCUGAGGAUCAGAGCAAGGAGACCUUCUAUGACAUUGCAUCUGAGAAUCAGAGCGAUGAGAGCUUCUAUGACACUGCAUCUGAGAAUCAGAGCGAUGAGAGCUUCUAUGACACUGCAUCUGAGGAUCAGAGCGAUGAGACCUUCUAUGACGCUAAAUCUGGGGAUCAGAGGGAUGAGAGCCUCCCAGAGUCUCCAGCUUCUGGGUCUCGGACCAGAAGUUUCUUGCGCCGCUGUGCUAAACUUGUACUGAUUGUAGGUCUUCCUCUUGCCAUGGCCACUGCAGGUAUAGACAUAGCUCUAGACCUCUAUGGCAUUAGCUUCUAAACUACAAUGAAGGCUCAUAGUGGGUGAGAGGUACGGGCGGCUGUGGUUCAGGAGGUAGAGAGGAUCGAACUACUAAUCGUGACGAUUAGUAGUUCGAUCCCCGGCUCCUCCGGUCCGCAUGUUGAAGUGUCCUUGAGCAAGAUACUGAACCCAAAAUUGCUCCCGAAGGCUGAGCCAUCGGUGUGAAUGUUUA